UUAGUCCCCCCCUUCUCUCUCCGGCGGCCGGCCUCCGCCUCCGCCUCCGCUGUUUCUCCCCCGAGAAUUCCGGCGCGCGGCGGACGAUGCGACCAUGCAAAACCCUCGGCCCCCCUACGCCGCCCACCACCAGCUGCAGCAACACCUCGCUUCCCUCCUCUCCGCCGCCGCCGGCGAGCCGCCGCACCCCUCCGACGACGCCUCCCGCGCCGCCGCCCUCUCCACCCUCCGCCUCUCCCUCCUCCACCCCCCCAACCGCCCGCUCCUCCCCUCCCUCGCGCACUUCAUCGCGCCGCCCAUCUCCGUCCUUCUCGCCGACGAUGCGUCCUACGCCGUGCGCCGCGCCGCGGUGUCCGCGUACGCGGCGCUCUGCGCGGUGCUGUGCGCGCACGAGGCGCCCGGUGGCCUGCCCGACCGGUUCGUAGCCUGGGGUUUGCCGCUUCUGGGGGAGCCGACCUCGGCCGCGCUCCUCGCCGAGGGGCUCAGGGAGCUCCUGGCCACCGGGGACGUGCCCGCGGUCGAGCGCUUCGUGCCGCCGCUCCUUGCCGCUUGCCGCGACGUGCUCGAGGAUGAGCGGACGUCGCUCACCGUGCUCCGGUGCCUGCUCGGCCUGCUCACUUUGGUCGCCGCCAAGUUUCCCCACUGCUUCCGGCCGCAGUUUGUCGAUAUCGUGGACCUGCUCCUUGGGUGGGUGUUUGUGCCAGACCUUGCCGAGUCCGAUCGCAGCACGAUCAUGGACAGUUUCUUGCAAUUCCAGUGGCAUUGGCUUGGCAAUCUGCAGUUCUCGCUUGGAUUGCUGCCGAAGUUCUUGGCAGACAUGGAGGUUCUUGUGCAUGAUCCUAAUCUUGCAGCCAGCCAUAACUCUGGCCGGCUUCGCCCACUCUUUGCUUGCUUCUCCACAGUACUGCAGAUAAUGGCAUCUGGUGUGGCUGAGAGAAAUAGCCUUAAGGAACUUAUAGCAGGGCCACUUGAGGGGUUGUCUCCUCAGCUUUUAAGGUGUGCAUCAGUGAUUGCUUCUAAGCUCGGGUGGUCUGAGAGGAUGGAAGAAGCGUCCAGAUGCCUAGUCUUACUAGCAGAGAUCCUUCAGGAAAGGUUUGCUGAAUUUUAUGGUAUGUUUGUGGAUGUGUUGGCCCAGAGCUUGGAAGUUGCCUCAUCAGUGCAGUUGGUGGCAGCACUUAAGACUAACCUGCAAGUUCUGUCACUGCAAAAUUUGGGGCUCCGAGCAUCUGCUGUGGAAGCCUUGCUUGAUUUUAGCUCAUUUCUAUCUCGGUUGCGUCUUCAUCCAAACCACACCAUGGUCACAAAUGUGGCAACCACUUACCUUUUUGUCCUGCAACAUGGAUUGGAAGAUGUAGUUGAUCAAGCCAUUUCAUCAUUGAUGAAAGAGUUGGAGCUAUUGAAAUCUCUGCUUGAGACGGGACGAGCAAGCUACCCUGAUAUCCAGAAUCUAUCUUUAGGUAGUAACAGUGAAACACAAAGCAAGUCAAACUCAUCCACAUUCUCAUUGGUGGGGUAUUCAGAGCAUCAGUUGCUUUCUUUGAUGAAAUUUGAUUUGAAGAUUCUUCUGGCUACUAUUUCAGUUGAUACAAAAAAGAGGAACGACAAAGCAGCUAGUCUGACAUCAUUCAUUUCAGCAAAGCUUGACCCAUUUGGUACUCCAUUUCAUGAUUUUCUUGAGAUGCAGUUUCAUAUUUUCUCUAUACUACACAGAUUGAGCAGUAUGGACCUCUCAAGUACUAUCGCACCAUCUAAAGCAAACGGUUCUGGCGAUUCAGGUAGUCAAACUCAGCUGGUUAUUGAAUCAAGGAAGUCCUUUUGUGACUGCAAAAACAAAUUUAUGCAUAAGUAUGGAAAACUUGUGGUCUGGGGCCUUAAUGCAUCAUCAUCCAUGACACUGAAAUUAGAAGCUCUAGCUUGGAUAGAUACGUUUGGAAACCUGGUUCUUGGCAUGGAAAGGGAUGUGGAUAAGCGCAAUAUCUCAUACGAAGUCCAUGAGGGUGCUACCCUUCUGAAUACUAUCCUUUUUGCAAUCUUGGAUUGUGCAUAUGACAGAGAACCUAAAGUAAGACUGCAUGUUGCAACAUCUUUGGAAAUACUCUUUCUUGGUAGGCUUAUCAAUCCCAUGGAUUUCUCAGUUGUGACACAAGUUCUUCUUGACAAGCUUAGUGAUCCUGAUAAUGCUGUAAAGAAAGGAUUUUCAAGGUUACUUUCAAUUGCUCUUCCUAUUACAACAUACACAUUUGGCUUGCUUGAGAAUAGAUGGAGUUACCAGCAUUCCCCAGAUACUGCUAACAUGAGUAAGCAUUGCAUGAGUUGGAGGCAUGUGCUUGCUGUGAAGCAACAACCCAGGAAACUUCAUUGGCAGCAGCUUGUUUCAAUUUUGAGCUACCUUUCUCUCAGAUUGAAGUUACCUCUUUCUUCUUGGGUCCAGCGCCUGUUCUUUAGUUACCGUGGCAAGAAAGAUAUGUUCUCUGGUCAAACUGAUGUUUCUGGGGAUUCUGAUGGGAACGAAUUAUUUAAAGGUCCAGAUGUGGACAGAACUAUUAUUGAUAGGAUCUACUCAGUUAACAAUCUUGCUGCGGUUUGGUGGGGCAUUCAUGAAGCUGCUCGGCACUGCAUAAACCUUCGACUUCGAACUCAUCUUGGUGGCCCGACACAGACAUUUGCAGCUCUAGAACGCAUGCUUUUGGAUGUACCGAAUCUAUUGGCACCAGAAGCUACCGAAGGUGAAGGCAGGUAUAUAGCACCAUCUGACACAAGCUUAUUGCCUAUGCGCCUGCUGUUGGAUUUUGUUGAGGCGUUAAAGAAAUAUGUUUACAAUGCAUAUGAAGGUUCCUUUGUUCUACCAGCACCUCCAAAAGCAAGUUCCUUGUUUUUUCGAGCAAACAAACGAGUCUGCGAAGAGUGGUUUUCUAGAAUUUGUGAUCCAAUGCUGAAUGCAGGAUUAGCUUUGCACUGUAAUGAUGCGGUCAUCCACUACUGUUCAUCGCGUCUUCUAGAUAUCAGAAACCUUGCUGCAUCAUCCCUCAAGGACAACAGUCGCAUGGGAGGAGCUACUGAAAGUCACCAUGCUUUUAGAGAGAGGUUAGAGGCAGAUUUUCUGAAGGUCUUGCGACAUGCUUCACUGGCAUUAUGCAGGUGUCAUGAAACAGAUGCCUUAGUUGGGCUUCAGAGAUGGGCCAUAUCAACGUUCUAUACAUACUUUGAGCAGGACAAACAACUAGUUCGAGGUGUAUCUGAUAGCCAGAAUCACUUCUCCUGGAUGUCAGGACUCAUCUAUCAAUCUCAGGGGAAGUAUGAAAAGGCUGCUGCACAUUAUUCCCAUCUUCUACAGUUUGAAGAAGGCCUUGCCUCCAUGGAAUCUGAUGGCAUCCAGUACAUCAUAGCACGUGUUAUUGAGUGCUACACGUCCCUGUCUGAUUGGAAAUGCUUAGAGGGUUGGCUUUCAGAAUUACAAGUUCUCCGUGCUGUACAUGCUGGCAAACCUUAUUCAGGUGCUUUAACUAGCGCUGGCAAUGAGCUAAAUGCUGUUCAUGCCAUGGCAUGCUUUGAUGGAGGGGACUUCCAUUCAGCUUGGGGCUAUCUUGAUUUGACUCCUAAAAGCAGCAGUGAACUCAGCCUUGAUCCCAAGGUUGCAGUUGAGAGAAGUGAGUUAAUGCUCUUGCGUGCAAUGCUUCAAUCUCACAGCAAACCUGACAAGGCACGAGAGGAGCUAAAUAAGGCUAAACUGAUGUUGGAUGAAGCACUCUCUGUGGUCCCACUCAAUGGAUUAACCGAAGCUGCUGCUUGUGCUGGUCAGCUUUAUUGCAUCUUUGCAUUUGAAGAAACCACUGAACUGGCAUGCCCAAAUAGAACUAAUCAAUCGCCAGCGCUAAUGGAUUAUUUACUGAGACUACUGCAGGAUCCCAUCGAUAGAAUUAAUCAAGAUUGCAACAUUUGGCUGAAAAUCUUCAAAGUGUAUUGUACUACACAACCAUCUUCUUUACCCACACUUCUUUUGUGUCAGAAACUUGCUAGUCUUGCUAGAAAGCAGAGCAACUUGAAAUUGGCUAGCCGCUUAAAUCAGUACAUCAUAAACCACCCUUUGAGUUCAUCUGAUGAGAUGGAAAAAGAAAUGCUUACUUUGAACAUUAAGUAUGAAGGUGCCCUGCUGAAGCACGAUCAAGGAAAGAAGGAAGAGGCUUUAACUGACCUGUGGUCACUGGUUCGUGCUACUGUUCUUUCUACAGUUAGUGAUUCUUCUGGUGCUGGCACCCCAUUGAUUGCUAAAGCCUGUUUGAAAUUCUCGACCUGGAUGGAACGAGAGAAUUCAACUCAUAUUAUGAAUAUGAUCCUUCCGAAGGUGAUAGAAGAUAUUAAUGAUUCUGGUGGCUUCCAAAAUGGAGCUGAGAAGCUUUUGUUAGGUGAUAAUGGAUCAGUUUCUGCAUCGAAUUCUCAUGUGGUUUCCCAAGAAAUCAUAGGAAUUGCUCGAAAGACAAGCUGGCAACUUUGUCCCAGUAUGGGUAAAGCAUGGCAUUCUUAUGCAUCCUGGUGCAUUACUCAUGCCAAUUACUCUCUAUCUGGAACUGAUUCAAAAUUGCAGAAUUCGUUGUUCCCUGCUCUCCAGUCUGAGCUUUCUCCAGAUAGAUUUCACCUGACAGACAACGAAAAGUCUGAAGUGCAGGAAAUAAUAAGAAAUUUCUGUGCUGAUAAAGAUGGAAAUUAUGUGGACUGUAGCAUUUCACCAACGGCAGGAUGCAGUUACAAUUCUGAGGGGAAUCCCAUCGUUUCACUAAUUGAGCAAACAAUCUGUCUGCUAGAAACUGCAGCUGGAGCACCAGGCUCUGAGGCCUGUGAUGGUGAAGGGCCUUCUGUACGGUUAUCAUCAGAGCUAACAGUUCUUUUCUGUAAAUGUGAUUCUGCAAAGGACAGUAGCAUGACUUUGAUUGGCAAGCUUAUUGAAAUUUGGUGGACUUUAAGACGUAGGAGAGUAUCACUUUUUGGGCAUGCUGCUCAUGCCUAUUUUCAGUACCUUUCGCAUUCAUCAACUGGGCUUCAACCCUCAUAUCACCGUGAUGUUUUGAAAGGGAAAACAAAGAGCUACACUCUGAGGGCAUUGUUGUAUCUCCUCCAUAUAAUUUUGAACUACGGGGUGGAGUUGAAGGAAAUAGUUGAAAGUGGGCUUUCAACAGUUCCUUUGUUGCCGUGGCAGGAGAUUAUACCGCAACUUUUUGCCCGCUUGAGCUUCCACCCAGAGAAGAUAGUUAGGAAACAGUUGGAAAGCAUAUUGGUGAAGCUAGGGAAUCUUUCUCCUUGUUCAAUUGUAUAUCCUACUUUAGUCGAUAUCAAUGCUUGUGAAGGAGAACCCUCGGAUGAGCUUCAGCGCAUAUUGGAUUUUCUGGUUAAGCAAUAUCCCAAACUAGUUAAGGAUGUUAAGCUUGCAAUUGAGGAGUUAGGAAUGGUUACUGUUCUAUGGGAGGAACAAUGGUUGAGCACUUUACAAGAUCUCCAUUCAGAUGUUUUAAGGAGAAUUAAUAUACUUAAAGAGGAAGCUGCAAGGGUUGCUGCAAAUUCUACCCUGAGUUCAGCCGAAAAGAACAAGAUCAAUGCUGCAAAAUACUCUGCUAUUAUGACUCCAAUUGUAGUAGCCUUGGAGCGCCGUCUAGCUUCUACAUCUCGUGAACCAAAAACAUCUCACGAAGUGUGGUUCCAUAAGGAAUAUAAUGCUCAGUUGAAAUCUGCAAUCACAGCUCUUAAGACACCCCCUGGAUCUCCAUCAGCAUUAGGAGAGAUUUGGCGGCCUUUUGAUUCGAUUGCAGCUUCUUUAGCCACUCAUCUGAGGAAGUCAUGCAUAUCAUUAAGUGAAAUUGCACCACAGCUAGCAGCUUUAUCAACCUCUAACAUUCCAAUGCCUGGUUUUGAGAAGCAGAUAUUCAGUUCUUCAGAAUCUUCUUUUGCUGACAGUCAUGGCACAAUUACAAUAUCUUCCUUCUGUAAAGAAGUAACAGUACUUUCAACAAAGACAAGGCCUAAGAAGCUUGUCUUGCAAGGAUCAGACGGCCAGAAGUAUACCUAUCUCCUCAAGGGUCGAGAGGAUUUACGCCUCGAUUCUCGGAUCAUGCAGCUGCUAGAGGCGAUAAAUAGCUUUUUUUAUUCAUCUUCUGACACUAGAAGUCGAAAUAUGGCAAUACGAUUCUACUCUGUUACACCAAUUAGUGGAAGAGCUGGACUCAUCCAGUGGGUUGAGAAUGUAAGUAGCAUCUACAAUGUGUACAAGACAUGGCAAAAACGCUCUCAGUUAGCACAGGCACAGCUCUCUUCAGUUAACACUGUUAAUAAUAGUAUUCACAAAUCAGUACCACCUGUUCCCCGUCCAAGUGAUAUGUUCUAUGGAAAGAUCAUUCCAGCACUGAAAGAAAAAGGGAUCAAAAGAGUAAUCUCACGAAGAGAUUGGCCACUAGAUGUUAAAAGAAAGGUUCUAUUAGAGCUUAUGAAAGAGACCCCAAAGCAGAUACUGUGGCAAGAAAUGUGGUGUGCAAGUGAAGGGUUCCGGAACUUUAACUCCAAAGUAAAGAGAUUCUCUAGCAGUGUAGCAGCCAUGAGCAUGAUUGGCCAUGUACUGGGCCUUGGAGAUAGACAUUUGGACAAUAUCCUUAUGGAUUUCAGCAGUGGUGAUGUGGUUCACAUAGAUUACAAUAUAUGCUUUGAUAAAGGGAAAAGGUUGAAGAUUCCAGAGAUUGUUCCAUUCCGUCUUACUCAAACUAUUGAAUCAGCUUUAGGAUUAACUGGAGUUGAAGGUGUCUUUCGAGUUACUUGUGAAGAAGUUAUGGCUGUUCUCUUAAGGAACAAAGAUAUCAUAUUAAUGUUGUUAGAAGUAUUUCUUUGGGACCCGUUGAUGGAGUGGACACGUGGAAAUAUCCAAGAUGAAGCUGGAAUAGCUGGUGAGGAGAAGAAAGGAAUGGAAUUAGCAGUUAGUCUGAGCUUGUUCUCUUCUAGGAUCCAAGAAAUCAGAGUUCCUUUGCAGGAGCAUCAGGAUCUUUUGGUAACUAACUUGCCAGCUACACUAUCUUCACUAAAGAAAUUUUUGGAUACUCUAGAGCAGUAUGAGGUUAUAUCUGCUAUGUUUUAUCAUGCUGAGAAAGAGAGAUCCAGUGCUUUGCAGAGUGAAACAUCAGCAAAAUCAAUGCUAGCUGAAGCUAGUUCACUUGCUGAAAAAUCCCGCACUUCAUUUGAGCUUCAUGCUCAUGAAUUAGCGGAAACAAAAGCGGCAGCAAAUGAUGAAGCAAACAAGCUUGCAGUAUGGGUGGAAAAACAUGGAAGGAUUCUUGAGGCCAUACGGGACAAUUCAAUUGCAGGUGUAGAGUCAUGCAUGCAAUUAAACAGCAAGGAUGAUGCCUUAAGCCUUAUUUCAGCUGUGCUUGAAUCAGAAGUCCCUCUUACAGUUGUUCCUGAGCCAACAAGAGCACAAUGCUCUGAGUUGGAUAGGGAGGUUUCUCAACUAAUUCUUGAAUUGCAGGGUGGGCUGUCUGCUGCCUUAGAGUCACUUGGUGAAUAUGCUUUGGUAUUGCAGCAAGUUCUCCCAGUUAAUUACAUCACAACCAGCCCAGUUACUGGUUGGGCACAAGCUUUGCAGCUAUCUGUAAGCAGUGGUUCAGAAGAUCUGCUUCCCCUUGCCAAGAGGCAAGCAGCAGAAGUCAUUGCUAAGGUUCAGGGUGAGGGUAUUAAUCUAGUUCAGCAAAGAUAUAGGGAUCUCUUAAAUCAAAUGGAAAGUUAUGUUGUGUGUAUAGAAAGACUUGCAAGGGAACGUUCCGAACUGAUGAAUUCUAUUGGAUUCGAGAAUGAAGUGCGAUCUAAAGAGUGGAUUCUUUCUGCAUUCAUGAACUCCAUUCAAUUGCCAUCACCAAAGAGGGAUAUGGGUAACAUUCCAUUUUUACAAUCAGGUAAUGUUGGAGUCAAAACUCCAGCCCAUGAGGAUAUACAGGAUGAAACAGGUAUUGUUCUUUCUAUUCUUGGAAUUGCUGUUGGUCAGCUAUAUAGUGACGUUAGAGCCAAGGUUUCUGAGCUUUCAAGUAAAGUUACUGGGAUAGCUAAAUUUAGAACAGAUGAAGCUGGUCUUCAAGCUGAUGCUGGAACAAGUUUGCAGUUGUUUGAUCAGCAGGUUGAAAAAUGUGCACUAAUUUCAGGAUUUGUUGGUGAAGUGCAUGGAGUUAUGGAGGCAAAAUUAGUUGAAAUGAAUACAGCUUAUGCAAAGCCCCAGCAUGGGCAAUGGGCUUCCACUUUUCAGCGCAUUUUGUGCUCAAGUACCAACAUGAUUGAACAAAUGACCGAAGUAUUCCUUCCAGAAAUUAUUAGAUCGUUUAUUUCAUACAAUUCAGAGGUAAUGGAAGCUUUUGGUUCAGUUUCUCAGAUUCGUGGCUCUGUUGAUACAGCUCUAGAGAAACUGGUUCGGAUAGAACUUGAGAGAGCAUCGAUGACUGAAUUUGAACAGAGCUACUUCAUGAAAGUUGGACGAAUCACUGAGCAGCAAAUAGCUCUUGAAGAAGCUGCCAUGAUGGGUAGAGAUCAUCUGUCUUGGGAAGAAGCAGAGGAGCUAGCUUCCCAGGAGGAAGCAUGCAGGGCACAAUUGGAGCAACUCCAAGAAACGUGGAGCCAGAAGGAUAUGACGAUUUCAUCACUUAUGAAAGUAGAAUCCAGUGCCAUGAAUUCGCUACUUUCUUCUAAACAGUAUUUCUCAUCUUUGGUGAAUGUUGAUCAAGAAAGUGAAUUUCAUUUGAGAAGAAGCAAGGCUCUGCUUUCGGUCUUGACAAAGCCGCUUGCUGACCUUGAAGCACUUGAUCAUAUGCUGUCAGCAUGUGGCUUGUUUCCUUAUCAUGUAGAUGGGCCCAUUUCUAAUCUAACAGAUGUCUUGUCAUCAGGUUCUUCAUUAUCUGAUGUAUUGUGGCCUUUUGCUGGCUUAUUAAAGGAUCAUUGUUUCUUUGUUUGGAAACUCAGUUUGCUGGACUCAAUUCUUGAUUUGUGCAUGCAUGAGAUUUCAUCUUCUGUUGAGCACAGUUUUACUACUAACCAGCUUUAUACAGCUCUUAAAACGAAGCUUACAAACCAUGUGGAAAAACAAGUUUAUCGGUAUAUCAUGGAAAGGAUUGCUCCUGCAUUUAUCCUACAGUUAGACAAAGAAAUUAGUGAUUUACUGCAAUUGAGUCAAGGAAGAAGAGAAUCUGGUCAACCUAAAAGAGAUUCUGCAGCUGUUGGAAGGAUUGCAGUAAUGCUUGAGGAGUACUGUAAUGCUCAUGAGACAGCUCGAGCUGCCCGGACUGCUGUUUCUCUGAUGCAAAGACAAUCGAAUGAUCUCACAGAGGCUUUACGCAAAAUCGUUCUAGAAAUAAUUCAAGUGGAAUGGCUGCAUGACCUUUCAUCUCCUCACGCGCAGAAGUCUAAGGUUUUGUCACAAAAUAUUCUUAGUGAUGAUAAGUUCAUAUCUGUGCUCCUAAAUAUAAGCAGAGGCAACUUGUUGGAUAAGAUUCAAUCUUCAGUGUCACUGGUAACAAGAUCAAUUGAGUGCCUGCAAGCUUGUGAAAACACUUCAGUUUCAGCUGAAGGACAACUUGAGAGAGCAAUGGGAUGGGCUUGUGCUGGUCCAAAUACUUCUGGAGCAGGCAGUUCAACCACAAAGGCUUCAGGAAUCCCAUCUGAAUUUCAUGAUCAUCUGUUAAAAAGGAGGAAAUUGCUUUGGGUCAUCCAAGAACAGGCAUCUGAUCUUGCUAACAUCUGCACAUCUGUUUUGGAGUUUGAAGGAUCGAGAGACGGAAUUUACCUUAUUCCUGAGGAUAAAUCUUCCGGACAAUCUACUGACAGAGGCAGGACAUGGCAGCAAACUUUCUUGAAUCUCCUGACACGUCUAGAUGCAGCAUAUCGUUCUUUCACAUGUGCAGAACAAGAGUGGAAACUCAGUCAGUUCAACAUGGAAAGUGCUGGGAAAAGCUUGUAUUCAGUAACCAAUCAGCUCUCUGUAGUCUCUUCGAGAGCAAAAUCUGCUUUAGUUAAUCUACAGGAUACUCUUGUGUCCAUGUAUGAACGAGCUUCUGAAGUCACUGCAUCAUUAUCUGGGUUCAAACAUGUUUCACAGGAUCGCACUGCUUUGACUUCUGAAUGUGGUUCGUUACUAGAGGAGGUUUUGGCAAUAGCAGAGGGGUUGCAUGAUGUAUAUAUCGUGGGAAAGGAAGCUGCUGUUAUGCACAAUUCAAUUAUGUCCAAUCUUUCAAAGGCAAACACAAUUUUACUUCCACUCGAAGCCUCAUUGUCUGCUGAUUUAGCUGUUAUGUCUGAAGCAAUCUCAAAGGAAAGAGAGAAGAAUAAUACCAGCAUGCCUCUUAUUCAUGGAAAGGCAUUAUACCAAUCUUACAUUAUUAGAAUACGGGAUGCUUACAAAAAUUUAGAACCUCUGGUGCCCCCACUUGCUGACGAUGCGAAGGAGUUGCACUCCUUGAUGACUAAGCUUGGACGCCUUUCUAGUAUUCAUGCAGGGAGCCUUCAUAAGGCUCUAGAAGUUCUUGGUGAAAGUGAAACUGUGAAGUCACAGGAUAUGCCUUCAACACAUGCAGAUAUUUUGCAGAGUGAUUCAUCAAUUGAGAAGGAUAAAGGUUCUUCUGGGAGCAGGGAAGGUGGAUCUCAGGAUUUAGUAACGACCACUGAUCUUUCUUUACAAGAUGAAUGCUGGAUUUCUCCUCCCGAACACUCAUAUACAAGCAGUUCUGGAUAUACCACAGAGUUAACCCAGAUUACUUCUUCUGAGAACAUAGAGAAUAUGGAUCCCUUAUUGGUUGACAGGCCUGUGAUAGAAGCUCCUGGUGCUAAUGAUCAGGAAAGAGGGGCUGAUUCGGAAUCAGAUUCAAGUAGCAAUAAGCAGUUGUUCAUAAACAAUGUUACAUUGACGAAUGUUAAUAGUGUUGAUGAGGUUGAAAUCUCAUUGUCAAAGGAGAGGAAAUCUGAAAAUGAGAAUACAAAUUUGCCAUUCAAACAGAUUAGAGGACAAGAAUGUGAUAACAGUGAUCCUAAAUCCUAUCCAGAUUCUGUGACUCGAUUGACAAGAGGUAAAAAUCCUUUUGCUUUGUCCAUACUGAAGCAAGUGGAGCAUAAGUUACAUGGAUGGGAUAUAGAUGGCACCAGGUCCUUGAAGGUUUCUGAGCAAGUUGACCAUCUUCUCAAGCAAGCGACAAGCAUUGACAAUUUGUGCAAUAUGUAUGAGGGGUGGACACCUUGGAUAUGAUUCAAAGAUACAUGUGAACAUGUCUUUCUACGAUUUGUUUUUUCCAGAAGAGUGAAACACGCUGGAGGUCCCUAAACAUGUGCCAUUGUCUUACUUAGGUCACUAUACUUUUGGGCAAGCUGAAGUUGAGAUCUGAAUGGGCAUAAGUUAUUACAAUAUCCACCUUUUAUUUGCCUAUAUACUAGUCAACUUUCUGCCAACCAUUUUCCUGGAUCACUGUCAAUAGUCUGAGUUUGGACAAGACAAUCCAUAGUGAAAACAAGAUUGCCACAGCACGUCGAGCAAAAGCAGGCUUACUGCCACAAAGAGCUUUACAGGGUCACCAUUCACUCCAUAUCCUAGCAGCAAGAUAUGAACUGUUAAGUAUGGGUAGCUAUGGAUGGAUCCAGACACAGCAAGGAUCUGAAGUACUUUCAGCGUUUUCAUGUACAAUGUUCUCAGCUAUACAGCAAUGUAUUGCAGAAUUCAGGCAUCGAUAUUUUGGGAUAUGGACUGGUUUUAGCAAUGGUAUGAACAAAAAUACCCUAGCUAAGAGUUUGCAGUUCACGUGGACAGCCAUGGCUUUGCACUCCCAGUGGACUGAAGACUUCAUGAUCUUUAACAGUAAGCCGUCUUAAGAACAUGAAGAGUUUUAGCAAGCACGUUUUAAAAGCACAACCAAGAAAUCUGGUUCGAGUAUAGUGUACAUAAUAUUUUGCAUGUACUUGUGAUUUUAGAAGAUUCCUACCAUGACCAUGUUGCAUUGAUGUAAAGAUAGGUGUUCGACAUGCAAUUCUGGAAGUGGGAUUCUAAUUCUAAAGUGGGCAAGUAUCACAGUAUUUUUUUCCUCUAUGCACACCUCAAAUAUAGCUAUAUUUUCGCGUGAAAAAGGGUCUGGCGAUAUUCAAAAGCAAAAUUGGAAAUUUAUAGCUUGUAGAAUACAUGAACUCUUGCUUUCUUUCCUUGUGUUUUAUUCAGAUACAGAUUGGUCUGAAAUCUUCAAGUAUAUAUAUAGCCUUACAGCGUGACACGUUGAUGAUGUGCCCCGUGCUGUUAACAUUGUAAUUUUUUUUAUAAAAAAGAAAAUCUUAUCAUCGUUCAUAAUUCCUCC